GUGAUGAUAACAAGGUGUUACAGCAAUGUUUUAUGCUUUUUUGUAAAAAAAAUCGCAAUUUAAAAAAAUUAAUACGGAUCAAGGUCGCUGAUGACACAUGAUGACGUCAUGUAAAAAUGGACGCAAAUUUGGUAGGAGUUUUUUAAUCCCAUUUUCAUUUCGACAAAAAUUUCGACAUUGAAGGCACCGAAAAGCGAAGAAACAUUUGCAGAGAGACAAGACUGCAAAUACAACAGUGGUACAAUUACAUGAAGCCCAAAGGUAUUGAAAAUCAUUCCUAGUGAAUUAUUUGCUGAAUGAAUUGAAAAAAUUACAUCAAAAUGCCGGUUUUGUCGCCAAGAAGAAGCAGUUCCUCUACUCUAAAUGGGUCAUACAGAAAUACAUUUAGCACAUCUAAUCUUGACAGGCCAUACUAUGGAAGUAAUGGUUAUAGUCCAAGAAUUAACAGCUACAGUGAACGGUAUACAACAAGAAGUUACAUAGACGGUGAUGGUAGAAGAAUAUUUGCCAGGCAGGGCAGUAUCACAGAAGAUGGCGUUACUACUCGUUUUAAAGAAGAACUCUGUGAACCAAACAGUCUCAGAGAUUCGUUGUCAUGGGGCGAUUCCGUCCGCGAAAGUUCUGUCUACGACGGGCUGCCCAGUCGUUACGACCGCGAGAGCUCACUCACAAGAUCGAUAUCUCGCGACACCACCACCACCUCGUCAUCAAGAGCCCCCCUGACCCCCAUAAACGUUGCCGAGUCGGUGGCGGAGCUUCACAAGAAAUACUCGCCCGCCAACUAUGUUCCCGCGUGUCGUCGCAAAAGCGAAAUAAUAUCACGUUCGAAAAGCAUUAACGACAUAGGAAAACCGCCCCUCUUAGUCGAACAAUCGAUUGAAAACAAGAAGGUAAUCAAUAACGGUGUGAACUAUAACAAUGGCUUGAGUGUGUAUAACAAUACUAACAACAGUAGCGAUAAAACGUACGACAACGACUAUCCGGAGGAAGAUGAUAAUGGUAACAGGGCAUCAGUUGCGGAAAUAUGCAAGAAAUUCGACCAGAGAAUCGUUCCGUCCAACGGCGAAGACGAAAAGAGACCUUAUGAGAAUGGCUACAAGAAAUUCGAACCGGUUGAGACAAAAUUAAGGAGAAUCGAACCGGUAGAGACCAGAUUAAAAAAAACUGAGCCGGUAGAAACCAGACUAAAGAAAACCGAACCGGUAGAAGCCAGACUAAAGAAGGUGGAACCGUUAGAGACCAGGCUGAAGAAGGCGGAGCCGGUAGAGGGUCGAUUUAAAAAGACAGAACCGUUAGAGAACGGUUUCAAAAAAUUUGAGGCAACAGAAAACGGUCUCAAGAAAGGAGAACCGAUUGAAAACGGUUUAGGCAAGUCGGAAUUAAAAUUGGAGAAACCGGAACCUGAUGAAGGUGACACGGUCUCUAGUGUCGUCAAGAUUAGCGAGAACCGCUUCAAAAAGCUGGAUAACGAAGAGAACAAAACAAAAAUUAAGAAACCCGAGCAGAAAACUACUAGAGAGUCGAUCAAGAAAACGGAUCCGGAUGCUCCAAAGACAAAAACAUUAAAAUUGAAAUCUGAGAAGUCAUCGACUCCAAAGUCCGAGAACGGUUUAAUGGUAAACGGCACCGGCAUCGCAACGACGAAGCCUCCAAUAAAAAAAGCGGCUGCGUCGUCGAAAAAGAAACUGAAUCAAGAAAACACUGAUGCCAGUGUCAAAAUUGACAGUACACGAUGCAUGCCUGAAAAUGGUUCAAAAUCAAAGUUGGGUGAGGUUUCGGACGUGGUGAAUGAUGAUGGGGUCGAGCUCAGGGGGGGCAAAAGCAUACUGGACGUGACACCCGAUUUGGAAACCCAGACGACUGCCGUAGCGACAGCAUCGUCAUCAACUAAAGUCAGCGUCGACAAGGCGGAGAACGAAGGAGAGGACGAGGACGAGGUCGAAGGUGACGGUAAGAAUAGGCGCACGAGCAACUUCGCCUCUUACAUACCGAGCGAAGAGUUCGUACGAGGGGAUGUUGGAAAGGACUCGUCCGUUAACGAAGACGAAGACGACACAAGCAAUGACAUGGAUGAACGACACAUUCUCAGUGACAACAGCCGAUACAUUCUGCAUAACGAAAAUACCAGCUCCUUGGAGCGCCACCAUCGGGCAGGAGCUGGUGGCCGCGAGCACUUGGACAGUUACGGGCGUCAGUCAGCGGCGCCGUUGCCCCAUUUGGGGGGCGUCGGUUCCGUCGUGUCCACCCGCAACACCGGCCUGAACGGACUCAAGAACAUUGGCAAUACCUGCUUUAUGAACUCGGUGCUACAGUGUCUGUCAAAUACGCGACCACUGCUCGAAUAUGUCAAAAACGACUCAUAUUUGAAGGACAUUAACACGACCAUAUCGGGUAUGAAGGGGGCCCUCAUUAAAGCGUUUGCACAGGUGAUAAAGGAAUUGUGGUCCGAAGAUUCGUCCGAUCGAGUAGUUAAUACUGUGUCGUUGAAAUCUCAAAUUCAACGUUUCGCCCCACGAUUUAUGGGCUACGCUCAACAAGAUGCCCAGGAAUUUCUCCGUUAUCUACUCGAGGGCCUCCACGAAGACGUCAAUUGCGUCACCGUGAAACCCAAACCCAUCCAUACGGAAAUUGAUGAAAAGCUCAGCGAUUCAGAAAAGUCUGCCGAAUCAUGGCGUCGUUAUCUGCGCAUGGACAAUUCGAAGAUCGUCGACAUCUUUGUUGGUCAGUUAAAGUCAACGCUGAGGUGCACUCAUUGCGGUCACUGUUCCGUAACAUUUGACCCCUUCUGGGACCUUUCCCUACCCAUUCCUCAACGUGCAGGUCCCUUAAGAUUACAACAGUGCCUCGAAUGCUUUACCAGAGAAGAAACCCUAGACGGAGACGAGAAACCCACAUGUUCCAAGUGUAAAGAAAGAAGAAAAUGCACGAAAUCUUUCAGCAUACAGAAGUUCCCGAAGAUACUUGUAAUUCAUUUGAAACGCUUCUCGCCAACGGAGAGGUACAGGGGUAAAUUGUCGUUAACUAUUGACUUUCCUAUCGAGGGGUUGGACAUGCAGAAUUACGCAGCUGAUGGGAGCAACGGGGACUGUCGUUAUAACCUGUAUGCCAUUUCAAAUCACAGUGGGACCACCUAUAGCGGUCACUAUACAGCCUAUUGUCGUCAUCCCUACACCCAAUCGUGGCACGAGUACAACGACUCAAGAGUGUCUCCGAUCUCUUCAAAGUCCCUGGUCAGUGGUGAAGCAUACGUACUGUUCUACGAACUCGAAAACCAGAAAUCUCACCUAUAAUAAAUAAAAAACAUACAUUGGAUGACUUGGAAAUUAUUUUUUUAACCCUAUAGGGUGGACGCAUACUAAUUUACUGUGUGUAUUAUUUUUUUUAAAGCGCCAUAUUUUAAUAUUCCGCUCAUGUAUUUUUUUAUAAUUUUCUUUUUUUGAAAUAUACCCAAUUUUGCAGUAUUCUCGACCCCCGUCCUUUUGUUCCUGCUUUUUCCAUUUUAUCCUAAUCUAUCCAUUCAAUUUUAUACGUUUUUCCAAAUAGUCGUUACUUUAUGUUUGUGUUUGUUCUGUUCUUGCAGCAUAUACUCCUAGAGGAUGCAUUCUUUGUCAAAAAAUGUGUACGCAAUUGACUAUUGUACCCAUUUCCAUAAAAACAUUUGGUGUUUGUCAUCUAAUACUGAUGAGCUGGCAGUAAUGCAAAGCCGGAGGGUAGGGUGGAAGGCCCUCUCUAGUCUUUUUUGUAGGAAUUGUGGAAAUGAUUAGGUGGGUGGUUGAUGAGAAGAAAAAGAUACUAAAUACCCACUCGAACGUAUAAGGUGCAGCCUCUAGGAAGUACUUGCUUUAAUGUUUUGUUUGUCAUUUUUUUUAUGUUUGUUUUUAAUUUAUUCUAUUGUUUGUGUUGUUAUGUUGCAGUUCUCUUGUUUUUAUUAAGAGUGUUAUUGUUGAAAACUUAUUUAUAUUAUUCAGAGCGUGCUGAUUUGAUGGAUUACAAAGUAUAGAUAUUUAUUAUAAAACAAGGGAAAAUUUCUCCAAAGGAUAAGAGAAGAGAAAGGGAUUACGUAAAUGAAAAAGUGAUGAGCGAGAGAGAAAAUAAUUAACAUGAUAUUAAAGAUUGUAAUUUAAUUGUGUAUGUUGUCUGUUUUCGUUUUUUACUUUUCUUGUUUGGUGUGGUUUGUUGGGCGAUAAAAAAGAAUCUGUUAUCGGUACAAUCAAACCAUAAAAGGAACCUUCAAUUUUUUAGAGAAUAUAUAGGUCAUGCAAUGCUUUUUCGAUUAUUCUGUUCCAGUUUACAGCAUGUACUUAACAGUAACUUUAUUUGCAGCUAAAGAACAUUUUUAACAAGUCUUUGUACGAUUGUAAUAUUAAUAAUAAUAAUAAUGAUAAGACUAAAUCUAGUCUCUUGUGAAGUAUUUUUUUCAGACAAACUGAGAGUUCCACGCAGGUGCUUGUCGUCCGUUUAUUUUGAAUAAGAAUUGUAUGGGUUAAAAGUAGGGUGAACAGUUACAGAAUUCGUCCAACCCGUAGUGGAUUGUCCUAGUUUGUCUGAAUGAAGUCUUUUAGCCAUUAAGCUUGUCUUCAUGAACAAGCCGCGUCAGUAAAACUUGUGAUAGGUAGUGGAUUUAGUGUCUAGUUCUAUUGUUUAUUAUAUUUUUAUUUUUGUUCUGUUACUAUUAUUGCCUCUACGACAAAACAUUAUCGAUACUCGUAAUUAAAUAAGGUAGAUGAGAUUAGGUGGAAUAAGGUUAUUACUUUUCGUUUUCAUUUUUAACGUGUGCACUACAUUGUAGGUUUCAAUUAAUUUAAAUUCGUUUCUGAGCUUUCCUACGUAAGAGAACCAUGUGGCCUUCAGAAAACGCUCCUUAUUCCACUCACGCCGCCCUUAAAAGGUACUAAAGUUAUGUGUACACCUGAUCGGUAAGUCAGUGUCACGUCACUCAACAUCGUUCGUAACCAACUUUACCGCAGUGCUACCAAUGUAAUUGUUUGUUUUUUAACGUUAAAAGUGCUACGUUAUUGUUGUAUGUUGUACUUUACGUUGGUAAGAGUGGAUAUUAAUAAUGCAAUAGUUUUGUUUUUAACAGUUGAAAGUCAAUAUACGAAAAAUGGUGCGUGACGUGACUGAUGACGUAGAUCACGUGUGUUGCUAGCCUUACCUAAUGUAUAUACAAUAAGUAUUCAAAAAGUUUUAAGCGCUUCCCACAUUUCUAGCGACUUAUUUAACACUAUUAAUGAUAAAUUAAAACUCUAGGUAGAGGAAACAGAGUUUAGAUUAAAUUGUACAAGAUGUGUUGUAUAUUUUGGGCUUCUAAUUAACUACAGUAGUUCAUUCGACUAAAAAUUCAGCAAACUAAUUAAAGCGUCUUUUUUUAUGAUAAGAAAAAGACUUGAGAUGGAGGCAAAUGCAUUUCGUUUGUGUUAUUCACUACAAUUUAAGGGAAAAGGUUUUUUCGUUGUUGUUUUUUUUUAUUUUGAAACUGGUAUGAGACAGAUUAAUGAUAUAUUUAGAAAAAAAUAUGUGUAGAUUCUUUACGAUGUGCUCGCCCAGACUAAUAAUAAAUUGAAUGAUAAUUAGAGAGAAACUACCGUUCAAAAAAACUACGAUAAUAAUACUCAGAAUAGUAGCUUUAUAUUGAAAGAUGUGUUACAGCACUAACUUAUUUAUUAAAUUGUUUGCAAAA